UCUUAACAUUCCAAAAGUUUAGGUUGCCAAGGAAGAGAAAAGGAGACAUGGACGAGACAAGAACCAACAUGCCUUUCGAGAGCGUUGCAUCUGACAGCACUUUAAUCGUCAAUGGUACAAGCAGCUCCCAAGAAAAAACAGAAAUUAGCGCGACUUACUCCUGGAGCCACAGCACUGAAAUAGAUCACGCCGCCGCAGCUAUUCAAAAAUACUAUAAAGGUUUUCGGGCUAGACGAAUCCUAUCAGUCAUGAAUGAAGCUGCCGCAAUUAGGAUUCAAAAACACUACAGAGGUUUUCGGACCAGACGAAACCUAGCAGACAGUAUAAUUGCGGCUGAGUUACUAUGGCAAACGACCCUGUCUGAUAUCCAAAAAAUGGGUCCAGUUCCAUCUGUAAACAUCGAGAGUGAAAAACAUAUCGUGUCACUCUUGAAAUGGGUAGACACAAGAUUUGAGAAGUAUGGUUCUAAUCUAUCCAGCGAUCAACUGGCCCUACUACAUUGUUUGGAAACUAUGGAUCCCCUGCUUCGUUAUUCUCAUGAGAAUUCACCUUUUUUUUAUCUGAUCUGGGGCGAUCAAUGUUUCUCGGGGAGUUGGAAGUUUGACUCAUAUAAAAUUGGUGAUCUAAAGAGAGGAGAAUCAUUAUUCACCACUGGAAAGCCAACAUCUGUUGAACUAAGAAUGGAUACGACAUCAUCAACUCAGCAUGGGAUAUCUGACCUCACGAGGGCUUGGCAGACCUGGAAAGGAGCCUUGCAACAUUGGCUGGAAGUUAUUGAUCCACGCCAUCGGGUUGGACACAAUUUAAACUUUUACUUUCAGAUCUGGAUGACUGUCAGGAGCGGCCAACCUUUCUUCUACUGGUUGGACGCUGGCGAUGGAAAAACAGUGGACCAUCUGGCAUGCUCAAGGAAAAAGUUGCGUCAGGAACGCAAUACAUAUCUUGAACCAGUAAGCGAAUCGAAGGUAGUUGAAUCCAUUAUGUCCCUGGUUCCCAGGAGUAACAAUCAACGAGAACAUGACCAGGCAAGUAACAAUCAACCAGCACACAACGGGCCGGCAGGUGGAUUCAAUCAAAAGGAUCUAUUGAGAAGAAUCUUCUAUGCUGUGAACCUUCUGUUUGAGAUUGCAACUUCGGUUCUUGAUUACUUGUCUUCUCAGCAGCGUCAACCCCGGUAUGCGCUAAGUGGUAUGAUACUGUCAAUCACCGUCAUGGCCAUCUCCUUGAUUCAGCUUGCUUACACCGGUGGAAAGGAAGGGGUUAGUUUGCAGAGGAAGAUCUGGAUACCUUGGUUUUAUCAUCCAGCUCCAUCUAACAAGCCUUUCGGAGAUCCUGUUCAAGUUGUGGAAUUGUUUUUCUCCGUCUCUCAAUGUGUUUUUGCAAUAAUUGCCUACCAUUAUUUGUCUCGAGACCAAAACAAUCCCGCUCAAUUUUGUAUUUAUCCUAUAGCCUUUGCUUUUUGUUUGUUGUGUCUCAGUUUUAAACGACGCGAGCCAUGAGUUUCAUCCUAGUUAAGGUUUCGGAGAAAAGCUAAUUAAUAAUGUGGACAUUUGUAUGCGCUGUGAUUUUUCUUUCUUUUGUUUUCUAUUUCGUUCCAAGGUUUUUGCUUGGUGGUUCGUCCUAGACUGUAAUAGAGAGGUUUAUGUAAAAUGACAAUUUCGGCCUUCCCAUUCAUGACCUGGAGGGAGAAGAAGAGCCGUGUAGUGUGCAUUCCUUAUUUACGUGAUGUCUUUCAUCUCUGCGUUCCACCAA